UUAGUGAUAAGUGGCGGUUUUGGAGGACAAAUAGUAUGUUUAGUGAUGGGUAGUGUUAGACAAUAUUGUAGCUGGUGGUUUAAGCUUGAAAUUUGCUGAAUAUUGUUUUUGGUUAGCGUGGCUAGUUUUGAGGUUAUGGCUGACAGAGUGGGCACGUGUCUUAGUGCAAGUGCUUGCAAAAGUCAUAUCAUGCAGAGUUACAUCAAUACAAACAUCAAAUCGAACUCUUCAAUCAGUUGACACAGAAAUUAAUAGCCGUUUAUCAGCACGAUGACACUUCACGUAUAAAAAAGAUGACAGAAUGUGUCAAUCAACGUUAUGCUAAUUUGACACAAGCAGUGGUGGCCAGAGGAAGGGUCCUCAAUGCUGCAAUUAACUCUUUACAUAACUUCGACAGAUCUCUGGAAAAGUUCUUAGCAUGGUUAUCGGAGGCUGAAAGUUGUAUGGAGGCAAUUGAAUCGGAGACUGAUAGGACUCCCGCUGGAACAAACAGUAGGCAAAGGGACAUGAGGAUGCCCCAGCAUCAGUUAAAGAGUACAUCAAUACAAACAUCAAAUCGAACUCUUCAUCAGUUGACACAGAAAUUAAUAGCCGUUUAUCAGCACGAUGACACUUCACGUAUAAAAAAGAUGACAGAAUGUGUCAAUCAACGUUAUGCUAAUUUGACACAAGCAGUGGUGGCCAGAGGAAGGGUCCUCAAUGCUGCAAUUAACUCUUUACAUAACUUCGACAGAUCUCUGGAAAAGUUCUUAGCAUGGUUAUCGGAGGCUGAAAGUUGUAUGGAGGCAAUUGAAUCGGAGACUGAUAGGACUCCCGCUGGAACAAACAGUAGGCAAAGGGACAUGAGGAUGCCCCAGCAUCAGUUAAAGAUUCAACCUUAUUUUAUACUACGCCCAUCUGUUGGAGCGUCGAUCCAACAGUUCUUAUCCAAGAUUCAAACCAACUUGCACAAGGGUGCACCAAUGCUUGUUUAA